AUGGUCAGUGUCUCACACCUAAGCGUUCUACGGCAGGCCCAGCUCGAAGCCCCGCCAGAGAAAGGGCAUGCCUCUAUUAAUUCAGGGUACGGCCAGCUACCCGUACCUCUAGAGGAAACCCAGGCUACGGUUCCACCAGGGCAGGCCCAGCUCGAAGCCCCGCCAGAGAAAGGGCAUGCCUCUAUUGAUCCAGGAGGAAACCCAGCCGGCGGUUCCACUAGGGCAGGCCCAGCCACCCGCUCCUUCGGCGACAAGCGACCAAGUAUCUUCCCUAUCGGGGGUUUAACAGGCGACAUAGACAUAUACGAUAUAGGGGAGCCAUACAAGCCCAGCGAUUCGGACCGUCGGUGUAUGAUUACAGAUAUCCUCAGUGCCCCAGAUGACCCAAAUACAAUUCGACAUGCUUGGGAAAGGAAUAUUCCCGAUAACUGCAAUCUUAAUUACAAGCAACUGAUGGCUAUUCUGCACCCUGAUAGGGUGCCGACCUCAGACAAGGCAGACGCCGAAAAAGCCUUCCAAAGUGAGAACCAUUGA